CAUACGGGUUGCACGUUUUUUCACAAUAUCUUAUUCAAUAGCCGCAAUUUGUGACGUAUACAGACAGAAAUCGUUAUUUUUUUACUCGGAGACGCUUUUUCAGCAGGAGUUUCGUUACAAAGACUAGCCUUGCCAGUUGCAUGCAUUAUUCAGAGCUGCGCUGAGUCGGAAGCAGAAUGACGCCCUUAAGAGGUGAAUAUGAAGAUCACAAACGUUAAUGGAAAUUUAGAUACAGAACUGACAGAGCAAAGUCUUAGUACAUACACCAACAUUAACGAUAGCAAACUCCAAGAUUACUCAAACAAUUCCGAUAGUUGUGAGAUCACUUCCAAACUGUCUGUUAACAGACAUAACCAUAAAACAGCCUCCAAAGAAUAUCAAGAAGUUUGUAAUAAACAAUAUCGAUUAAAUAAUCUCAAAGGUGUGGACGCAGCUAGUGAAAGUAUCGAUAAAAGUCUGGACAGUAAGAAAUAUUUAUAUUCUACAAAUGUUUCACCUGCCGUGGAUGAAGACUUAUAUUUUGGACAAUCAGAACCGGAAGAUAUCAAUAUGUCCGACAAUAUAUUAUAUCAUACAGUGCCAAGAGGUAUUGUGAACCCUAAUUAUCCAGGUUUUCAACACUUGGCACAUACUCUACAGGAAUAUUCAACAAAUUUAGACAAUUAUAAUCAAUCAGAUAAUGAGAUGACUGACGACGAUAUAGACACUGAUAUAACAGAUAGAGAAAACAAAUUGAAUGGCAAUGAAUUCUAUUCUGAACUAAAUAAUAAUAAUACACAACAAAUAAACAAAAUAAAAUUGCAUGGAACUAAACAACAGAGUGAAAUACCCGAUCUAAUAAAAACAAUUCCAAUUAUUAAUAACAACACAGAAUUCUACAGUAGCGAUUACAGUUCGUUCGAUGCUGAUAUUGAAAAUAAUUUUAAUACCAAAGAUAUCAUUGGUGAUUUUAACAAAGAAAUCGAAGAUGAAAUCAAACAACUACUAAAUUAUAAUAUAAAUAUACAGCAAGACUUAGAAGAAUUGCGAAGAGAUAUUAAAGAUAAUUUUGAAAAACCCAUUGAGAAUACAAUUAACAACAUAAGCGAAGUAGUAAAUCACGUGAUUAAAAAACUUGUAAAUAGCGACGUUUGUGAGGAACCAGAAAAUUAUCCAAUACCCUGCGUAGUGACAGAAGCAAAUGACACUAUGAAUAACGAAAAUAAUAUUAGUGCUAGAUCAGAAAUACAUUUAAGUAGACCUACAUUUUUAUUAAUCGACAGUAAUCCAGACAAUAAAAUAACGGAUGCGGUACUAUCAGAUGGCAAGGAAGAAAUAAAUAUAUGUGAAGAUGAAUACGAUACCGACAAAAUGAGUUAUGAUGUUGAAAGCACCAUAAAACAAUUAAGUACAGAGCUUAGAAAAAUAAUUCCUAAGCUAAAUGAAAUGAAGGAACGAGAAAAAAUGUGGACUGAAAAGCCAAUCGUGAAAGAGUCCACAAACUCAAAUAGAAUUCUAAGCUCAUCUAAUAAAUACAACGCUUCAAAGAUAUUACGAAAUUCAAGCAAAGAAAUAUAUAAACGUGAAGUUAAUAGCGCAGAAAAUAUUAAAAUUGAAGUUAAAAGAAGCUGUAAUGACAAAUCACGUUGUUCCGUCCCACAAGAGACUAUCAAUGAUGAUAUUGUUUCAGAAAGCUUUGAUGUGUACAAUAUUGAAACUGCUUUACCAAAAUUGGAUAUUGAUGCAAUUGAAAGUCACCUGAGAGAGGCUGAGAGAAGAAAACGUAAUGACAGGGAAGAAAUCAGGAAAAGGUUAGCUAUGGGUGCUGACACUGAGGAGUACUAUAGUCUUGGACAUAUUGAUCGUCCCGGUAAAAAGCCAAGUCUACAUUCAAGAUUACAAAAUGGUAAGAAUUUACAAAUUUGUUUCAUGAAUGAGACGGCUUCUGACAAUGAGUCACAAGCAUCAGAUUUAGAAAAGAGCAGUAAAAGUUCGUCAAGAACAAGUCUUUUUAGCAAAAAUAGCUAUAACCAUCCAUAUCAAACAAGACCACUUUCUGUGAAUGUUUCAAGAUUUGAUAAAGUCAAUUCUUCACAAAAUGCUUCAAAAUUACGUCCAGGUUCAAUUAUAUCAAAGUCAUCAAAAUCGAAGUCAACACAGUCCUUAAAUCAAAUUGAAUUGAAAGAGUCAGACUUCUAUGUACUCCAGGCAACAUUACAGACCGAAGCAAGGAUUGCAUUGGCUCAAGCAAAGGAAAUGGCUCGCAUUCAAAUGGAGCGUGAGCGACAGUGCCGGUCAGUGUCGCCAGUGACAGAGAUGUUGAGGCACAGUAUGGAGAAGGCAAAUGUACCGCUGGCACCAGAUCGGCGCAGGGUUUCCCGCCAACUGCUCACUGAUAUGAACAUAGCCCAGUUGCAGGUGAUCGUGAACGAACUGCACUCGCAGAUAGAAUCUCUGAACGACUCUCUUGUCAAGUUGCUGAUGGCACGGGACGAUCUGCAUAUGGGUCAAGACUCGAUGCUCGUCGAUAUUGAGGAUCUCACAAGAUACUUAGGUGUUAAGGAACAGACAAAGAAAACCAAAGGCAACGCAGCAAAGUCUGGCAUGAAGAGGCUCACGUCGUUAGUGCACAAGUAACUAUGAAUAAUUGUCCUUAGAUGUAUGUUAGUUAACAUAAUAUUGUUCAAUGUUCAAUAUAAACAAGCCUGAUAUUAAUUACCUUGUUAAAAUCAAAUAUUAUAUUAAAUCUCCGUAUAUUUGUAGUUACGCGGAGUACAUUCGAGAUUUUUUUUCGAAGUUAUACUUCUUUGGGCGCGUUAUGAAAAAAUUAUGAGAGUGAAAUUUUAAGAUGCGCGCGCAUCACUGUAACACAACACAGUAGCAGGUGGAAGUUGGUUAUUUAAAUAUGUCUCUUAAACAUUGACAAUUAACAAUAAUUAUUGACAUUUGACACAUUUCUGACAAGUGACAUUGAUUGUUUGUUUUUUUUUUAUUUAGGGCAUUGGUAACCAAACAAAAUACAUUAAAAUCAUAUUUAAAUAGGUUUAUAACUGCAAAAUUACAUUGAUAUAAAAGCAAAACAUAAUGACGUUUGUACCUUUUUGAUGUUAUUGGAGAUAAACUUCUUUGACUGUUACGCGCGCACAUCUAAAAAAUAAAAGUUUUCAGAAAUUUUCUGACAUUUGCGACAUUAAUUAUUUUUUUUGGUUUCUUCGUCCAUUAUUAGGACAGGCAAAGGCCAAAAAGCCAAUACAGCCGUAUUCGUUAAUAUUCAAUAAUUUAUUUCACGACGAAUAAUUAAUUUUAAAGAAAUGGUUAUGUUACGCCAAAGAAGUAUAACUUCUUGUGUGCAUACAUAAGUAUACACGCACUUUUUUUUAUAAAUAAUUGUAUGGCAAGACCGUACCUUUCAGAGCCGAUAACGUUAACAUUCCAAAUAGUCGUAAGGUAUUUAAAAAGUGAAUUGUAUAUUAUUAAUAGCUGUUAUUUCCAUUUUAAAUGUUAUUAGUCCUGUUUACCAUAUAAAUGCAUAUAUUUGAUGUUCAUGUCUUCGACGUAGAUAGUUACAGAUUUAUAAAAUGUAUUCAGCAAUAGACAUUUUUCAUAUAGUUAGGUCCUAUUAGGUUUUUUUUUGCAUAGCUAGUUAGUUGGGUGCGAAGUUUUUUUAUUCACCCUAAUAUGGCUGCCGUCAUGAUUAUAAAAUUAGCUUUGAGGCUGAGAUCUACAGACCGUACUUAGAUUUAGCUGUCUUUACUAACGUAAAACUUAGGUGAGUGUGAUAAAACACGCACUUGAAUUUUACAUAGGACUGUCUUAGCCUUCGCCACUGACCUCUACUAUAUACCGCUGGACUGGCGGCUGUCAAAGUGCUUUUGUGCCUGUGUGGUGUUCGCCAUUUUGGCGCUGUUGGCCAUGUAGCGAGAGUCUGCGGUACUAAAAUAUGACAACCUCAGUAAACAUCGAUAGAUGGUGGGAAACUAUUUACAAAAAUAAUUGUGUUCUUUAUAACGUUGAUACUUGAAGUAUAAAAAUAACACGGAAAACGAACGAAUUUAAUUCAAAUUACAAAAAUACUUCAAGUAUUGUACGUUCCUUCGCAGCCAUUUGUGUUAUACGUCAAAAUUAGUUCUCUGGACGAUCGCGAGUGACGUUUCAAAUAGGCACAAAAAAAUAGCUGUCAAACAUAUGGAACAACCUCUCCAGUGGUAUUUAUAAUACAGGUCAGUGGCCUUACCUCAGUGUAAUUUCAACUGUCAAAUGACUAUAUAUAAAAACGAAAUGAAAGAUUAUGCUGCGCUUACACUCAGCUUACGUAAGCAUAGACCAAGUACUAGACAUUAGUUUGGCGUGGCCAACAUGAGACAGAUAAUAUCCUAUAUAUAUAGGUACAUAAUAUGAGACAAGUGAUCUUUCACUAUCACUUUUACAUCGUAACACACAUCAUCACUCCAUUUUUCCUUCGAUUCUACUUAAAAUUGUCACUGAUGUUGAAUAAAUAGUGGAUAUUUCACAAGUAUCCCAACAUUAAUAGCUAUUUUUAUAGACGCAAAUAAAAGUAAACAAAAUAUCUGUCAAGUUUGUUUAGCACACCGGUGUGCUGACCUUGAAAAAACUGGCACGCAUAGCGAAACAAAAAAUCUAAUCACUAUCUCAUUUCUUUACAUAAGACUCGCAUAAGUUUUUCUUUGUCUCGUGUGAGUGAGACGGAAGCUAUCAAUUAGUAUAGUUACUAUACUUGGUCUAUGUGCGUAAGUAAAGUCUGAGCAAAGUAUGAGUACGCUCUAUAGACCUCAGUCUAAAUGGUAUUUUAUUUUUUCUUGCUAUUAAUAAAAAUAGUUGACUUAAACUUCUCAUUACUAUCAUUAACUUCUCAUUAUAUACAUUACUACUUUUAAUAUAUAUUCAGGUGUCUUUAAUUAAUCAUUGUAUCAAUUUAAAAAAAUUACCAUUAAAACUGUGAGAUAUUAAUAAGAGUAGGAAAUGUUUUGUUAUAGCACAUAUUCAAACGUAAAAUAAUUGGCUAACAAACUUAUGUUGAAUUAAAAAAAAAACUUUGAAAAUUAUUUUUUCAAAGAUGCCGUAACAGUUAAUUCUGCUGAGUUUUCAAGUGUUUCCCAAAAUAUCUUGCAAAAAUAUAUGAUAUUAUGAUAUUCACUUAGCUGUAGUAAAAAAAUGUGAUUUGCAAAUUAGUAUAAAUAUUUUUUCAUCCUAAUUAUAGAGCAGUAGUUGCACUAUUUGGGCAAACUAACAGGGUUCGAAUGCUUAAAUAAUUCACAUGCCUUGGUAUCGAUGCCUUCAUCAUACAUAUCUUCAUCAGUAGUCGGACAUAGUGGAGUGCUAAGCGCUUCAGUCUUUGCAGUUCUUCAGUACCCACAAAUAAGCAAGGCCGCAUACCAGAGCCACAAGCUACAUCCAAAAAACAUGAAUUCGCUAAAAUGUUAUUGAAAUAUUUAAAAGGAGAUUGAAAUCUGUUGGCCAAAAUGUAAUAAGUUGAGAUUUGAUGUAAAAAAUUGUCUUUAUUUUUUUUUUAUGGAAAAAGGAGGACAAACGAGCGUACGGGUCACCUGGUGUUAAGUGAUCUCCGCCGCCCACAUUCUCUUGCAACACCAGAGGAAUCACACGAACGUUGCCGGCCUAUAAGGAAGGUGUACGCGCCUUUUUUUGAAGGUACCCAUGACGUAUCGUCCCGGAAACACCGCACUAGGAAGCUUAUUCCACAGCUUUGUAGUACGUGGAAGAACACAUCCAGAUGGUGGGGAUAAUAUCCUAAUUUUUAUCCUAUAAUAUCAAAAAUCAGCUCAAUUCUCAAUCUGGUUCAACUUUUCAAGUAAUCAUAAACCAUAUUCACACUGGCGAAGAUCUGUCAUUUUCAAGGACAACCAAACGUCAUGAUUUGACAAUUCUAUACCUACAAAGAUAAUUGAACACAGAUUUAUGGUAACGCGAAUGUGAUUUAAUGACUUACACGUGGCAAACCUAUCAUAUGAUUUCAAGUCAUUCCUAUAUAAAUAUAAUUAACAUUAGUGUUUAAAGAGCAUCUUCAGAAUUAUCGUAGUAUUGACAGUGUUGUCAGCGAUAUAGUCAACAUUUUGCAUAUUCUUGGUUUAUUCUCAGGAAUAACUUUAUACCAAGGUUAUUAUUAACUGUAAUUGCGCUUUCGCACUACGUCCGAUCAGUACCCGUGAAAAUACGGUCCGGAAUAGUCGUAGAACUAGAUCCGGCUUCCGUCAUCCGAUUUCUUUCCGUCAACCUUUAAUCUCCGUUGAUCUCUCGUUCCGGAGAAGAUUAUUGACGGAACGAAGAAGCCAUAGUAUUAUUUGUAUGAAAGCUCGCGCACUGCGUCCGAACCGAAUCCGAGAUUCCGAGUGCGUUCGAGCACAGAGGCAGCGGGGCUAUAGGAUAAGUAGCCAGUAUCCAGUAUAGUUCCUAGGCUUGUUCAGCAAUCAGUUUUUCUGCUAACUUAACCAGCUAGCUAAACUUUUAAAAUUAGCCAGCUAAAUAACGGCUAAUUGGUUAAAUCUCUUAAAUAAUAUACUUAUUAACACUACGAAACUUAAGGAUAUGAUACAAGCGUAUAAGUUUCUUAAAUAAAAUCAUAUAAUUAUAUUAUAUUGUCCCAAUUAAGCGUCAAGAAAUUGACGCCGAUACCAAGGACUCAUGAUCUUGAAUGCUCUGCUGUAAAAUGCCGUUUGCCAAAAAAUGGCCCGUGAAUUGCUUGGAAUUG